AUGGGUCUUUGUUUUAUAUGUAAUGAAGAACUGAAUGAUAACUGUAUACGAUUAUCUACGACCUAUACACCGCGUGGGAACGCAUCACUUUCAGAAAAAAUUGCCUACCUUCUUGGAGAACCAUUUAUGAUAAUUGUUAAUAAUGAUGACUACGUAUGCAAGAAAUGUGCAUCAUCUUUAAAUCAAAUUGACAAUUUGGAAAUCGAUCUAAAACUAAUUAAAAAUUCUAUUUUGUCCUGUUUAAGAAAGAAACGUGGAGUAUUAGUUAAUGUUUUGGAUGUCGAGGCAAUCAAAAUGAACAAGGACAAUUCGAAGGAUGACUAUCUAUCAAAAAUAUCUCAUCCUCUGAAACUAACUGAACAUCCUAAUGGCAUAAUUCAACAAAAAAAACGUCCAAUUGAGUUUUUAAAUAUACGACACAAUUCACAACAGGCAUCUGAAGUUGAACAACUACCGAUGGCACAACAAGUAUUGACACCACAAUGCGUUUCAAGCUCGCAACAAAUACUAGGGAAGCGGUUGCGAGUAAUUCUGCCGCAGCAAGUAUUGACACCGCAACAAGUUCCAAGUUUGCAACAAAUUCCGAGGGAACAAAUAUUAGGAAAGAAAUUACGAGUAAGUCUGCCACAACAAGUAUUGAUAACGCAACAACAAGUUCCAAGCUUGCAACAAGUACCGAGGGAACAAAUACUAGGAAAUCCGUUACGAUUAAGUUUGCCACAGCAAGUAUUGACACCGCAACGAGUUUCAAGCUCGGAACAAAUGUCAAAGGAACAAUUCCUAGAAAAGCAGUUACGAAUAAGUCUGCCCAAACAAGAAAUGCAGCAAAUUCCGAAGCGGAUACCAGAACUAAACCCUCAACUACUUCCGAAUCAACCACAAUAUAGUGCUAACGCAUUGAUAAUACACAAACUAGAUACACACGUUCAAAAAUACUCAACUUCUCAAUCAAAUAAAAUAGAACCGGAAAAACCUAUAUUUGAUCAAAAUGCUGAUAAAAUAUUAACUCCGGCACGAACAAAAAAAAAAAUUUCUCCAAGUACUUCCAACAUCAUAAAACUUAUUCCUCAGUCUGAGUUUCGAACAAUAAAUCAAAAUGUGGAAUCACCUAUAGACGAUAAUCAACAGGAUAAUAAAAGAGAUAUUAUAAAAAUUUAUAUGCCAUUGAAUAAUAAUUAUGUCCCUGAUGUAAAUUUUGGACAAGAAGGGAUAUAUGAAAGUACAGGGGAAGGUGAAGAAACUAAAACAAGAAGUAACUAAAAAAAAAGGAAGAUGCAGUAAGUUCUCAAGAAAUUAAGCA